AUGGUUAGGCUGAGGUAUCCAAUAGGGAAAUCAAGCAAAUACUGGAAAAAAACAGUUAAUCCUACACGGAAAGACUGGACCCUCAGGCUUCAGGAUGCUUUGUGGGCAUACCCGACUGCUUACAAGACCCCUAUAGGAAUGUCCCCAUACCGUUUAGUUUAUGGCAAAGCCUGUCAUUUGCCUGUAGAGCUGGAACACCGUGCUUAUUGGGCCAUUAAGGCCAUAAAUUUUGACUAUGAUAAAGCCGGUGAACAUAGGAAACUCCAGCUUGAUGAGUUGGAAGAAAUUCAAAAUGAUGUCUAUGAGAGUUCCAAAAUGUAUAAAGCCAAAACAAAGUUGGAACAUGACAAGCACAUUCUUCGAAAGGAUUUCUCCCCCGGAUAA